UGACAUUUAUAUGCGGAAGAGGUUAGAGUGGGGAAAACAAUCGGGUGGAUCGACAAACGCUAACUUUAAAUAAGGUUUAAAAGAAACAAAGGACGUCGUGAUAUUUGGCCUGUUCAGCUACUGGUAUCUCUGGUGGACGUUUUCCACAUAAAGAAAAGUCAAGAUGGAGUUCCUGUUUGGAAGAAGAAAGACUCCAGAGGAGAUGCUCAGACAAAAUCAGAGAGCGUUAAAUCGAGCCAUGAGAGAUCUAGACCGAGAACGACAGAGACUGGAGCAACAGGAAAAGAAAAUAAUUGCUGACAUUAAGAAAAUGGCCAAACAAGGACAGAUGGAUGCUGUGAAGAUUAUGGCUAAGGACUUGGUGCGCACAAGACGAUAUGUCAAGAAAUUCAUCAUGAUGAGAGCCAAUAUUCAAGCUGUCAGCCUUAAAAUCCAAACCCUCAAAUCAAACAACAGCAUGGCGCAGGCCAUGAAAGGAGUUACCAAAGCUAUGGCCACCAUGAACAGACAGCUGAAGUUGCCACAGAUUCAGAAGAUCAUGAUGGAGUUCGAGCGCCAAAGUGAAAUAAUGGACAUGAAGGAGGAAAUGAUGAACGAUGCAAUUGACGACGCAAUGGGCGACGAAGACGACGAAGAGGAGAGUGAUGCUGUUGUUUCUCAAGUUCUGGAUGAGCUGGGUCUGAAUCUUUCCGAUGAACUUUCAAAUCUGCCUUCUACUGGAGGAAGCCUUUCGGUUGCGGCUGGGAAGAAAGCUGAACCGCAGGCUACACUGGCGGAUGCCGACGCUGACUUGGAGGAGAGGCUGAACAACCUCAGGAGAGACUGAGAAUGAAAGGACUCUGAGUAAAGGUUUCGAUUCAGAACUGUCUGCACAAAGCUCGCUUCACUAAAAUGUAGACUGAUGCAAAGAAAAGAGGGAGGAUGAGAAUGCUGUGUUUUCUUGACAUUAGGCGCUUUAAUGCGUCUUUUUUUUGUUUUUCUGUCUUCUUUUAUGACAUGUGCUGUAUAAAUAUUACCAAACGCGUAACCCAAAUGAAGAUGCAAUGCAUCAGGCUCAUCUCAAGCCUUCUGUUUAGACAAAUCCUUUAUAAAGGAGAUCAAAUCAACAAAGAAUCUGUUACCCCAAGAAUCCAACUUGAACUUUAACACUAAAUAUUCAUUAUUAUAAAAAACACAUCAUAUCUUCAUUUUAAUAAACACAGAUAUUGAUACUGAUCUUUUAUAUAAAUAGUGCAAAAUGGAGUCAUUCCAGUUUUCAAUCUGUUCAUAAGGGUACAUCAGAAGAUUACCUUUUAAAUACUUGUGCUAUUAUACUAUCAUCAUCUUCUAAUAAUAUAUUCAUCUUGAUCUUUUAGUGGUAAAUAUCUUCGUAUAAUAAAUGUGGUGGUUUCUAUUUUUUCUCAAAGUGAUUGAAUCUCUAGUUCCCACACCCUGGCCUGUUCGGUAAACCAUAAACCUUCGUAAACUCUGAAGUUUGUGCAAGGCAACAUCUUACAAUAACGUCGGUCAUUCAAUUAUAAAAGAAACUCGGAAGCAGUUUUCCAAAGGUUGUUUUAUCUAAAAGUUAUUGAAAAUUAACAAGAAAUAUUAGUGUAUUUAUCUCAUGGCGAAUCAAGAGGUGGUAUAUUUUGAAAAAAUGUUAUUUUGCAUUUUUUUUUUUUGGGUUCAAUAAACAUUUUUCACACUUAC